AUGCACACAUUCUUCACUCAUGCAACGAAAAUCUUGAUAUCAAAUACCAAACUUUGCAAAACUAAUUCAUCGACCUACAGUUUUCUUCAGAAUAUGCUUAUCAAUUCAUUCACAGCAACCAGACUUAUGUCACAGUCCACUUCCAUACCCAAAAAGCUCCAGCGAGUUCGAGAUCACGGCUACGACAACUACAUGGAAGUCGAGAAGAAAAUGCGCAAAGUCCUCAAAUUCCAAGACCUAAUUCUCUCACAACCCAGCUCCAUCGUCUCUAUUUCUCGCUUAGACACUCUCUCUCGCCGCCUCGGCUUCAAACAGUUCGAGAGCGGUCAGUUCAUUCUCAAAUUCCCACACCUAUUCGAGAUUUUCGAACACCCAGUUCAGAGAAUUCUCUAUUGCAGACUCACCCGAAAAGCCCAGCUCCAGAUUGAGCAAGAAAAUCAAGCCCUUCUUGUUCAAAUCCCGGACGCCGUCACGCGGCUCCGGAAACUCCUCAUGUUGUCAAAUACGGGUCGCCUUCGGCUGGAACACGUACGUAUUGCAAGGAAAGAGUUUGGGUUACCAGAUGAUUUCGAGUUAUCGGUAAUUCUGAAGUACCCACAAUUUUUUAGACUGUUUGAUGCAAAAGAAACUAGGAAUAAGUACAUUGAGUUGGUUGAUAAAGACCCAAAUUUGGCUAUUUGUGCUAUAGAAAGAGUUAGGGAAAACGAGUAUAGAGAAAAAGGAAUUGAUGCUGAAAAUAUAAGGUUUUCAUUUAUUGUGAAUUUUCCACCUGGAUUUAAAAUUGGGAAGUAUUACAAGAUUGCUGUUUGGAAAUGGCAAAGGCUUCCGUAUUGGUCACCUUAUGAAGAUGUAUCAGGGUAUGAUAUGAGGUCGCUUGAGGCGCAGAAACGGAUGGAGAAGAGGGCAAUUGCUACAAUUCAUGAGUUGUUGUCUUUGACAGUGGAAAAGAAGAUUACUUUGGAAAGGAUUGCACAUUUUAGGUUGGUGAUGGAUUUGCCUAAGAAACUUAAAGAGUUUCUUCUUCAACAUCAAGGGAUAUUUUAUAUAUCGACUAGGGGGAAUCAUGGAAAGCUUCAUACAGUAUUUCUUAGGGAGGCUUAUAAGAAGGGGGAGUUGGUUGAGCCGAAUGAUUUGUAUUUGGCGAGGAGAAAGUUGGCCGAGUUGAUCUUGUUGAGUCCAAGGAAAGCCAAUGUUGAUAAGGAGUUGGUGGGUAAUAGGAGGGAUAGAGAAGAUGAUGAAAUGGGGAGAGUUAGAAGAGCCUAUGUUGAUAAUGGUUUGGGGUCUCGUGGGGAUAGAGACAUCAUUAGACGACAUGUGGAGGAAGAAGAAGAUGUAGAGUCUGAUUUGAGUGGUGAUAUUGAAUCUGAUUACACAGACGAGAAUAGUGAUUGCAAUGAAAAUGCAGAUGCAGAGGACACACAUUUGACUGAGUGA